GAUGAAGCAAAAAACCUGCAGUAAAUGCUGGCAGAACACCCAAGGGUUUAACCCACCCCUGAGGGUGUCUGUGGGGGGUGGUCCGUGGGCAUCUUCACCUGCCAGGGGAAUCAGCAUGUCGGCUGUGGUGGACCCACAAAACACGGCCAGAAGGCCCUUCGUCAUCAUGCGCAGUACAGUUACCUGCCAAAGGCAGGCCUGGAACCCAGGUGAUGUUGAUGGGGUUAUAUCAGGCCUCUGCUACCCGGGAUGGAAGUACAGAGCAGACCUCACAGUUUUGGCCAUAGUCCUCUGGAGAAUGUCCCUGAAGGAGGAAGAAGGGAGGGAGGUUGGCACAUCUGCUGCCUUCUACUCGCAAGUUCAGGGGCUUGGUGUGCAGAGUAUGUGCUUCCUGCUCGUCCUGUCUUCACUCAGCUUCUGUCCCCUGCAGUGAGCGAUCAGCAGAUGCCCUAAAAUCAGAGAGAGGAGGUGUGUGGCCUGUCCUGUGUGCUGAGCGGUGCUGAUGGCAACUUUGUUUGUAAUCCCUAGGUCCCGAAGAUGGCAUAGUAAUACAGGCACCUUCUGAUGAUCGGGAGCGUCUUUACCCGUGGGUGCCUGCCCGGGCCAGUGGCAUCGUGUUGAGCUGAAGGAACUUGUCUACUGCUUUCCUGAAAACCUCUUUUUCUCCUAAUUCAUGAGCCAGCAGGAUGCGGUCGCUGCACUUUCUGAACGCCUUCUCAUAGCUGCGUACAAAGGCCAAGCAGAGAAUGUGGUUCAGCUCAUCAACAAGGGCGCCAAGGUAGCAGUUACCAAGCAUGGCCGGACCCCCCUUCAUCUUGCUGCCAAUAAGGGCCAUCUUUCUGUGGUCCAGAUCUUGCUGAAGGCUGGCUGUGACCUUGAUGUUCAGGAUGAUGGGGAUCAGACCGCCUUGCACCGGGCCACAGUGGUGGGGAACACGGAAGUCAUCGCGGCGCUCAUCCAGGAGGGCUGUGCUCUGGACCGCCAAGACAAGGAUGGGAAUACGGCCCUACACGAAGCGUCCUGGCACGGUUUUAGCCAGUCAGCCAAAUUGCUCGUUAAAGCAGGAGCCAACGUGCUUGCCAAGAACAAGGCGGGGAACACGGCUCUGCACCUGGCCUGCCAGAACAGCCACUCCCAGAGCACACGAGUCCUCCUGCUGGGCGGGUCCCGAGCCGACCUCAAAAAUAACGCAGGCGAUACCUGUUUGCACGUUGCUGCACGCUAUAAUCACUUGUCCAUCAUUAAGCUCCUCCUCAGUGCUUUCUGUUCUGUCCAUGAAAAGAACCAGGCCGGAGACACAGCACUUCAUGUUGCUGCUGCCCUAAAUCACAAGAAGGUGGUUAAAAUCUUACUGGAAGCUGGAGCAGAUGGAACCAUUGUUAAUAAUGCAGGCCAGACUCCACUGGAGACUGCCCGCUACCACAAUAAUCCGGAAGUUGCUCUUCUCCUCACUAAAGCUCCCCAGGUCUUGCGCUUCAGUCGCGGGCGAAGCCUGAGGAAAAAGAGAGAGAGGCUCAAGGAAGAGAGGAGAGCUCAGUCUGUGCCAAGAGAUGAGGUGGCACAAAGCAAGGGAAGUGUCUCCGCAGGAGACACCCCCAGCAGUGAACAGGCUGCACCCAGAAAAGAAGAGGCCAGAGAAGAUGUCCUGUCCGCCUCCCCAGAGCCCAAGGCGAAGGACAACAGGCAGAGAAAGUCAAGGCCCAAGGCGUCAGCAUUUUCUGACCCCACUCCACCAGCAGACCAACAGCCUGGACACCAGAAGAACUUGCACGCUCACAGUCACCCUAAAAAGAGGCCCAGGCACCGAUGUUCACCGCCACCCCCUCCCCAUGAGUUCAGAGCGUACCAGCUCUACACGCUGUACCGGGGCAAGGACGGGAAGGUGAUGCAGGCACCAAUAAAUGGUUGUAGAUGUGAACCCCUAAUCAACAAGCUGGAGAACCAGUUGGAGGCAGCUGUGGAGGAGAUCCGAGCAGAGCUGGGUUCGGUUCAGGAUAAAAUGAACACAAAGCUGGGGCAUAUGGAGAACAAAACCCAGCACCAGAUGCGUGUUCUGGACAAGCUGAUGGUUGAGCGGCUGUCAGCAGAGAGAACAGAGUGCCUGAACCGCCUGCAACAGCAUUCAGAUACAGAGAAGCAUGAGGGGGAGAGACGACAGAUGUCAUUGGUUGACGAAUUAAAAACCUGGUGCAUGUUAAAGAUUCAGAAUCUGGAGUUGAAACUUUCUGGAGAUUCUAGGGUCUCUAGGACCAAAUCCACACCAUCUACUUGCGAGUCGUCUACAGGCGUGGAUCAGUCCGUGGCCACUGCAGGUCCGGUAGCGGCUUCUGACAGUUCUCCUCAGGUGGUUAGGCCCAAGGAAAAGGCCUUCAACUCCACUGCUACCCACAGACUACAGCAGGAGCUGUCUUCCUCAGACUGUACCGCGUCCCGACUGAGGAAUGUCAAGGUCCAGACAGCCUUGCUACCCUUGAAAGAGGCGGCCAAGUGUGAUCAGCAGGCUGGGCCCUGUGUGGACAGAGGCACCCAAACCAAGAAGUCUGGGAAAAGUGGUCAGACGAGGCAUCGGCCCCAGCACCCGGCACCCGGCACCGCCGGUGGGCAGCCGCCCCCGGCAGCGGGCAGUGAGCAGACUGCCUCUCACGUUCGAGACACCUCCCAGGCUCUGGAGAUUACCCAGUAUUUUUUUGAGGCUGUUUCUACCCAGAUGGAAAAGUGGUAUGAGAGGAAGAUUGAAGAAGCGCGAAGCCAAGCCAGUCAGAAAGCCCAGCAAGACAAGGCCACCCUGAAGGAACAUAUUAAAAGUUUAGAAGAAGAACUUGCUAAACUAAGGACUAAAGUGCAGAAGGAAAAUUAGAAUCUGGGAAGUGGCCUGAGAAGGGGCUUCUUGAUGAUUUCUGCUUUUGCAUCUAUAGAACAGCUGUGCCCAAGAUGUCCAUUCUUGUGCACGUAGCAGACUUGCCUUUAAAAACAAAAAGUCAAAUUGCUGAAAUGUGCCAGGCACACGCUUUCCUGCGCCCUGAAGUUAUGAAACUUCAACAGUGACCACCAAAGCCAGGGGAAGCUUGCUUUGUGUUAGGUUUCAUUACAAACUUAAAACCUCGGUCUGGGUUCAUCUGAGGUUCAAAAGCUCAGAUUAAGUGAGCCACGCUAAGAAACGGAAAGAUGUGUAAAGCCUAAAGCCUAAAAUUCAGGAUGUGUGAAAUAACAUAAAUCAAAAGGAAGAAAAAUUAAUCCCUUGUGAACUUUAGUCAUUCAUGUGAGCACUCCUGUGGUGCCCAGAUGAGAGCAUCUUUCUGUACGAGCUAUGGCUGAGAUGCACUGAAUCUUCUCUUGAAUUCCUAAUUCUUAAAGUGCUGACCUUUUAACCAGAUGAAAACUUACCAAACUGAUUUUGAGGAGAAAAAGAUUUUCAUGAUGUCACUAGAUCCAAUAUAUAUUAAAGUAUUUUGCAGUCAGAGGGUAUUUAAAUGAUGAGUAAUUGGCUACUAGCACUGGGAAUAUUUGUUAAUAAACUCAGAUGAGAAAGGUUCAAAUCAUUUGGUCAUGAUUUCUGUAUUUUCAGUCAAAAUACAGAAACACUACAGUUGAUUAAUCCUACCAAUUUUAAAGCAGAUUAAUGGAAAAGCAUUCACCUAACAAUCACCUGAAACUUCUAUAAGCUAUCCAUAAUCAAACCCAGUUAACCAAGAGUACCUUUCUAAAUUUGAGCUUCUCAGUCUACAUUUUAUAAAGAAAUAAGGCUAUUUCUUAAAAGUAUUUCACUUCUAAUUGUAUACGGUCAUUGAUGAACCUCAGAAGUUACCCACUGCUUUGCAGUCUUUAUGUCAAGGUAAAAAUUGUCAACUCAGUCUAGACCCCACAAUUCCCCAUCUUAUGGAGCCCCAAGGAUUUUCCUCUCCUCUGUGGAGUAUAUAAGUUGUAAAAGUAGCUUGGGUAUGUUGAAACUUUGGAUUUAGUUAUCUUUUAAGCUUCUUGCCCCUUGAUUAUAUUCAUCUCCUCAAAAUUCCAUGUAUGCAAAGAAAUGUCAAUUCUAUUUCCAUUAACCCCAGAACUGAAAAACUGUUGUCUCUAAGUUUGAAUAAAAUGUUGCUCACAGAGCCAAAGAAAAAAUGAUUUCCUGACAUGGGAACACCCAGAAAAACAAAGUAUGUUUUUAGUCCCUUUGUUCUUGCCUAACAAGCUCAGUUUUUGUUUUCUUAACAGUGACAAUCUAUAGAUCUAGAUGUAGGUCACCAUUACACAACCUGGAUAGGGAAUCAAUUUAAUAUUCUCCCAAGUUUAUGUUCAUGUGCGUGUUAGUCUUGUUCCUCAGCUACUGUUAAGAACGUCUGAUUCUCCCCCAGAGGAUCUUGUUGCACUGAUAAAUGUAGAGGUACUUUCCUUUUCUCAUCUCCGUUCCUAAUGCAGAACCACAGAAUUGCAGAGCUAGAUGGUACCUUCAGUUUUUUAAAUCUUUCCCUUAUCCAGCAUCACUGAAAUCUUCAGCUUUCCUCAAUAUACAUCAGUUUCUUAAGAACUGCCAAAUACUCAGAGAGGAAAUCCUGAGAUGUUCAGUAAGUUGUGGUCUAAGCAGGAGUUCUUUUCACUUACCAAAAUAGCUGUUAUCUCAAGGAGUAUCCUUGUUGAGAAAUGAAGACAAAUUUUAUCUAGACUACGGAGUGCUGUGGUAGGAAGUAUUUUGAUUAUGCAACCCCUACUCAUCAGAAGCGGGCAGCUUACCAUUGUGAACUGGAUAUUUUUGCCAAAGUCACAGGGAAGAGACUAGGGAGGACUGAGAAGGGUCCAAGGCACCUAGUCUGACAGGUUACACGGAUCUUUCUCUACUAGAACAGAAAACCAGUAGAGGUGAGGAAACAGGAUCAGUCUGCCUCCUAACACAGAGAGAUGGCAGCAUCUCAAGGCCACUGCAAUAGCUUAUUUUAAACAACUGGGUUUUUGUUCCUUAGUAUUGUCAAAAACUCAACUAUGGGUCUGAUGUGUAUUUUUCCUUUUUUCCCUUGUGCUAUCUGCUGAAAGGAGCAAAUGCCACAAUAGUACUUUUCCAAAGAAGCAAAACUAUUAAUUUAUUGGCUGUCAUGCGGGUUGUGUUUGAAACAGAGAUUGGAGCUUUCAAUAGCUAUGGGGAAAUGAUGUAAGACACAGAAAAGCUGUAUAAUAUUGCAGUGGGGUUUUUUGUUGGGGAAUUAUUGCAUUGAAUAUAGUAAAUAUCUGUGAUUAGGUUGAAUAUAGUUCUAAUCAUUUGACUUUGGGGGCCCAAAAUAAAGGAAGUGAUGUUUUCACAUUUAAAUCUUUUUUUUUUCAGUCAAGCGUUGAUACUGCAGAGAUAUGUUGUCUUCUAUUUAAUAUUUUUAUUAAUUUGAAUUUGUCUCUUCCAAGCAUUAAAUAUGGUUCUCAACACUA